AUGCGUGGCGUUUUCUCCAUAAUGAUUGUGCUGCUGGUGGCUUUGACGUUCUCCGUGGACGCAAGCAAAAACAAGAAAGACAAAGGAAAAGAAGGCAAAUCAGGCACAGAUUGCACAGAGUGGCAAUAUGGCAAAUGCGUGCCCAACAGCGGAGACUGUGGUGUGGGCAUCCGUGAGGCCAUCUGCAACGAGCAGACCAAAAAACACAAGUGCAAAGUGCCCUGUAACUGGAAGAAGGACUUUGGCGCGGACUGUAAGUACAAGUUUGGUCGCUGGGCAGAGUGUGACACAACCACUGGAACAAGAAGCCGGUCUGGGACCCUGAAGAAAGCCCUAUUCAAUGCAGACUGCCAGACUACCAUUAAAGUGUCCAAACCCUGUACCCCAAAGCUCAAGGUCAAGUCCGGGAAAAAAGGAAAAGGGAAAGAAAACUAA